ACGACGUGUAGGUUCUCUGUGAAAUGCCAUGUGUAGGUCUACCAAUCAAAGAUGGAGCACUCAGCUUAGUGCACUCUAUACUCUAUACAUUAGGCCUAUAAGUAUAAUCAUUCAUGAUGCUUAUGUAAGAAGGUCAAGACAAGAGGUAAAAAAAAAAGAAGACAAAAAUGUUAAUUCCUCACAUUUUGAAAAUCAGAGGACACAGAUCUGCUUGUAUUCUAUUUCUAUGUCGCCAUCUGCACAAUAAAAAACCCCACAACUGGAAGUCAUGGAAAGCCUUGAAUGGAAAGGGGAAUUAUGUUCUGAUGGGGAACCCAGGCUCUGGUAAGACCACCACUGGUCAGAUAGUGGCCCAAGCGCUGAGGAAACAGGUGUUUGAUGUAGAUGACCAUCUGCUGACCCCAGCGUGGGGGAUGAGUGUGGCAAGCAAGCUUAAAGAGGUCGGUGAGCAGAGAUUUCUAGAGGAAGAGGGAAAAGUCCUGGCCACCCUAGAUGUACAAAACACAGUUGUCUCCCUCAGUGGGUCCAACCCCCUGCAGUACGGGGCCAUGACAAAAGUGGCAGAGGCUGGGGUCUUCAUUUACCUGGACGCUGAUAAUGAAACCAUUCUAAAACGACAAAAAGCAAUGAAGGUUGACCGUAUUGUUGGAAUGGCAUCAGGGGCUACACUAGAGGAUGUCAUCAACUUCAGGCGAACGUGCUACGAAGAUUGGUAUGAUAUCAGAGUCUUAGUAGACAGAACUGACAGCAAGGAGAAAGUAGCGGAGAAAGUUUUGAAAGCCAUUGAGAAAUUUGAGCAUGACCCAGGCUAUGUUUCAACCAGAGGGGUCAAAGGUGACAAGAGCAGUGUGACAUUUUUAGAUACAGUCCUACAAGGAAUUGCCCCAGAUGGCGGACUGUUCGUUAAAGGAGGGUCAAGACCACAGCUCUCAUUAGCUGACAUCGGCCGGCUCGUUAAUAUGAGCUACAGGGAGAGGGCGCUGAGACUUCUGGAGAUGUGGAUACAUCCACUGGAUAUAUCCCCACAGGAGCUGAGAGGAUUCAUCCAGAAGUCGUACAGUGAUGAGCUGUUUGAACCAUUUGAUCUGGCUCCUGUGGUACAGUUGGGAGAGAACCAGUUUGUCCAAGAGCUGUUCCAUGGGCCAACAGCGUCCUUCAAGGACUGGGCCCUACAGCUCAUGCCCAGAUUCUUCACUAAAGCAAUGUCUGCCCAGCCAAACCCAGAUCUAAAAUACCUGUUACUUGUUGCCACCUCUGGUGACACAGGAAGUGCCACAUUGGAUGGAUUCAGCAGACAUGCAAGUGGGGCAAAACUUGGGGUCAUCGUCCUCUACCCAACCAAAAAUGUCAGUGAAAUUCAGAAGUGGCAAACCACAGCUAUGGAAGGGAAGAACAUUACAGUCAUAGGAGUCGAUAGGGAUUUUGACUACUGUCAAAAAACUGUCAAAACUAUUUUCAGAGAUGAAAACAUCAACAAGUCAUUGGGUGGUUGUAGACUCAGUGCAGCAAACUCUAUAAACUGGGGGAGGCUGUUACCCCAAACCUUGUACCAUGCCAGCGCUUACCUCGACCUGGUCAAGGCAGGUCAUGUUGACCUAGGUGACCCAGUGGACUACUGUGUCCCAACUGGCAAUUUUGGCAACAUACUCAGCGCCUACUAUGUCAAGGAGAUGGGUUUUCCCAUUCGCAAACUGAUAUGUGCUUCAAACUCCAACAAAAUCCUUACAGACUUUCUUCUCUCAGGGAGCUACAGUCCAUCAUCUUACAAACUAAAGGCUACAAUGUCCCCCUCAAUAGACAUCAUCCAAUCCUCUAACCUAGAGAGACUGUUGUAUCACCUGUCAGGUGAACACGCAGCUAUGGUCAGCACAUUCUAUUCACAGGUCUCUAAGGAAGGAACAGCUUCAGUCUCACAACAGGUACAUUCUGCCUUGAAGGAUACAUUUAUACCAGGAUUUGCCACUGAAGAGAACACAAGAGAAACUAUACGCAAGGUUUUUAAACAGAAAGGUUACCUAAUGGACCCACACACUGCCGUAGCCCAUUAUGUUCUGUCUGGGUGUGGGGACCCCACCACCCCCACUGUGAUAUCUAGCACUGCUCACCACGGGAAGUUUAUUGAUAACAUUCUGCCCAUCCUUGAUCACAACGAAAAUGUUUCAAGCUUAAGUGUGCCAGAUCUGAUACAGAGGGCAGCAGAGGUUACCAGACAACCAAAAAUGAACAGAUUCUUGACCACAAUGGUCAAGAAGAAAGUUGUACAUACUGACACAGUGUCGGCUGAUUAUGAUAAAAUUUGUAAGAAAGUGGUCCAGUUCGCUCAGAAGCUGUAACAACACCCAAAAAUUUGUUUUGAUAAAAUGAAUAAACAAUUUUUGUAAAAUUGAAA